GAUCAAAGGUUUGCGAAACUCCGCCUACGUUCGUCCAAACAUUCCUUGAGCUACAAGGCGUCGACAUCGAACACGCGCAUCUUCACCGCGCGCCGUUCAUCCUCCUAUCAUCUCCCAUAAUGUUCUCUCCCGACUCGACUAUUCAUAGCAUCCAUGGCACGGCGCCUCGAAACCCCCGGCGCCGCGCGCGCAACGACUCUGACAGCAUUCGUCACCAGAGAAAACGAAGCACGAACGGAUCUGCCAUGAAUGGCCACCCUCGCGCGGUCUCGCAUUCCUUGGACAUGCCCGUGAGAGAGAAGAAAGCUUCAGGCGCUGCAAAGCGCGGCUCAAAGGCCGAUGGCAGCAUCGUUCUGACAAGGAAUGCCAACUAUGCCGUCAAAAAGCUACCCAGCUUACCUACCCAUCUUCAUGAUCAUCCUGAAGAAUCAUAUCGCGCCUUUCUCCUACAAAAAUCUCCUUAUGCGCUCGCUCUCACCCAUAACCAUGCAUUCAUUUUCGAUUAUACCUCGAACCAACGCGCCACUCCUCGAACCUUGAAUCUGCCGCAUAUACUCAAACAGUCAGAGCCUAUUCCGAUCGGAUCCCUCGUACAGACGGGUCCAUCAAACGAGCUUGGACUCGUUGUCGUCUACCCCAGGACCGGGAAGAUUGUCUUCUGGGAGAACGUGGAUAGCGCGGAAUCUCUGAGCCUCUUCCAGCAACGCCGGCAAGGAGUAGAAGGCACUGUUAAUGGCUUACUGAGCGGAGAGACUGCGCUCAAUAUCAUCGAUGCUGGUGUUUCCGGCUUCAUCCUCACAUUUUCGACUGGCCGCUUGGCACAGCUUACGAUCCGAGACGCCCAGGGCCGGCCUAGCAUAUCUGUUACCUUUGUUCGUGCCACUGGCGGUGGUGGUCUUUUCAGUGGCUUCAAGAACGUAUUCUCGGGGAGCUCGUGGCGCAAGGAAAUCGCGAAUGUGAGACAGCGCAAGACACAAGAGAAGGGCCAAUCAGACAUAAUCGCUGCGACGAGAGCAGGUUCAUUUCAGCUGUGGACGAUCGGAUGGACUGGGCAGCACACUCUUCGCGCAGAUAUAAACGUACACGACGAUCUGCUUGCCGUGCUCAAAGACUCUGCUGAGCCAGAAUUGAAAGGCCAACACACUGAAGUCAGUUUGCUCGACUUUGUACUGCUCCCCGAAUCAGUAGAGCGAAGUCGCGGAACACUGGUCGAUCAAAACUCCAAUGACAUUCAACGUCUGUUCAGCGCCUUGACCAUAGUGGCCAUUCAAGGGCCAUCAGAGCGUGGCUAUGCCCUGGUAGAGUUAGACUUUGAUAAGUCAAGAUCUACUUCUCAGACCACGUCUUCUAUCAAGCGACUCAUACCAAUACACUCAUACGAAGAGGAUGUCACCGAGUCUCUGUCAGCCCAGUUACUCCUACCCGCACCCAGCGCAAUGGCCAUCAUUGUCUUUAACAAGGCGAUUGUCGUCGCGUCGAUUGCGGAAGUGAAGCAAACAGCGGAAAGUCAAUUGCUGGGAGAUUUUGGAGCACCAACUCCGCCGUUUCAAGAUACUCUGUACCUGAAUCGGAAAACCCAUGUGAAAUUUGUUGGAUUUGGAGCGGAAGAAGCAUCGCAUUCAGACAGAAGCGCAAGAUGCAUCAUCUUUGCACAAGGGAGUGGCAUUCUCCGGAUGGCAGCUGAGCAUCCUGAGAAGAGCAAGCCAGUCGUCACAGUCAAAAGCAAGAUUGAGCAGGCUGUCUUUUUUGCAAAGAAUCCAGAAGCAAUAUUUGACUUCACACCGAGGUCUAUUCCGACCUUCACGCAAAGAGAGAUCGAAGUUGCUGCAGAGCAGGUUAGCAAAGAGAUCUGUAGAUCCUCAUCUGGAUACGUACCUGCAAUACUACCUUCUAUGGAACAGCAUCUGAAUCUGCGUGCGCAAGCGUUGUCCGGGCUGGCAGACCAUCUGCGAUUGAAUUACCCACCGCUAUCCAGGAACACGAAAUGGGCGCUUCUAUGGAAUGCCGAGAAGGUCGCUGCGGCGGAAGGUCUCUGGAAGCACUAUGAGGAGCGAAUCCAGCAAGACGUCAAUCAGCGGCCUCUUCUUCGAGAGAUGGUGGAUGUACUACACGACCGAUACAAGACUAGUCUCAAGCCCGAAGCUGGCGAGGUGGACCCGGUGCGGCAAUGGUUCAUCAAGGACGUCGGUGGUAUCGAAAACUUUCUCCCCUGGGCGUUCAACUGUAUAAGGCUCGUCUACAAGGAAGGCUCUAAGGAUCAUCGGUCUGUGAUGCAGCUUAUCAUCGAAGCUGACGACAUGUUCAUCCGAGCACUUACCACUACAUUCAGCUUUCGCGAAGAAAACGUCACUGCUUAUGGGCUUGAAGACGAGCCAUUGGAAGAUGCGAUUCUCACUACAGGAUUCAAUGGGCUUCCCUGCCCGUGGACAGCAACUCAUAAUAUCACAGACGCGACGCGGCAGUUGGUAGAUGUGGCACGCCAGAUUGCGGAAGAUCUGGAUCCCGACGAUGCUCGAGACGAUGACGACUUACAGCUGCAGAAGAUCGCGCUUGACAAUCCAAAGCUUGUCGGACUUUGCUGUCAAGUGUACACCGAGCGUUAUAGCUGGCUGCUUGAGCAGGACGAGCCCAAAUACCAGGCUUCUGGUCGUGAUAUAAGGGAAGACUAUCUCACCAAGAUUAGACCUAAUCAGAUUCGCAAACUCGAAGAAAUCGGACAGGCUGAUGCUGGGAUGAAGUUGGCUGAGAAGUACCGCGAUAUGGGAACUCUGGUCGUGCUGGUGGGUGGGGAAUACAGCUUCCUAAAAGAAAGUCUGAGGGACGGUAACGCGACGAUCAAGAUCAGCUCGGCCAAGCAGUUACAGGAGAUGGAUAAGCGCAUCCAAGAAUACUUCGUUCAAUUCAAGGACGGCUGGGCGAACGCUUGGUAUUCCUGGCACAUUCACAGUAGCCAAGCCGCAGUCAUGCUGGACGACCGUUACUCUGGUCAAUCGUAUCUUACCAAUUACCUCCGCAGUGACCCGACUCGCGCCAAGCUCAGCUGGAUCAACGAUAUUCUGAACGAAAAAGACUUCUUUGAAGCAUCAAAAUCCCUCACGAGUGCCACCGAUCGCGAACCCAAUGUCUGGUGCAAGAAGGUUGAAGCAUCCAUGGCCAAACUCACUCUGAUUGCCGCCGCUGAAGAAGACCCUACCCUGCAAGACACACAGUCCAGUAUAGAUCUUCAACGCAGUGCCGAACGCAACCUCCAGCUCAUCAGAGUGCAGGAAAAGGCCUACGGGUUUGUUCGUGCCGAAGUCCUCUCCGCUCUCGAUUACGACUCGGCCCUCGACGGCUGCAUGGAGAAGUUCGGCUGCGUCUUCGUGGGCGAUGAUCGCGACGCACUGCGCCAACUUCUGCGCCAGGGCUUCGAGCAUCUCAUCCACCACCGUGCGCUGACAAUGGAUCUCCUGAUUGACGUGCUCACGCUGAUGAACGACACCGACGAAGACGUGACGCACGAGAUUGGCCGGACACAGUUCAUCCUCGCGCUACGGGUGCUCGAAAGCCAGUGUCUGCACAUGAGAGACGAGCAGCGCGACGAAAUGCUCAAGCUCAUCUGGAAGCGCAUGAUGCUACGCGACGGCUGGCAGACGAUCAAUCAGACGAAUGAUUCCAGCGAUAUCGCACUCCACGACACGCUGCGCAACACGGCGUUGUAUUGUACCCUGAAGGAGUGCGCAAUACGCAGUGCUUCAUUCACCCUCUCUCACCCGACACCUCCCAUCCAACCCUCCGCCACCCUCGGCGCACACACAACCCCAGCCGCCCUCGAACCGCGCUUCCCAGCAAACUCCGAUGCCUCCAUUCUCAAGCCCAUCCUCCAAGCCAACCGCGCCGAUGACAGCCUCGUCGCCAACCUCGUCGCCAAAGCUCGUCUCGACCAUUGGUUCAAGGCCACAAAGGACCUCGUCGUGGCGGAUCUCGAGGCCAAGUAUGCAUUCGAUGUGCUUGCGUCUCGGCGAAUGCUGGUUGCGAAGGAUCGCUUUGAGGAGCUGGAGAGUUGGGAGGUUGAUGAGAGGGGGGAUGAGGAUGAGGAUGAGGAGGAGGGGAAUGGGAGUGCGGGGAGUGGUGGGUUUGAGGGGGAUGAUGAGAGGGGUUUGGAUCGGGAUGGGGACGUUGAGAUGGAAUGAGCGGUAGUGGUGGUAGUGGUGAGCAGUGAGAGCAAGUACGUCGCGAGGAUAGAGGGCGAGACAAGAAUCGACAAGAGCAUGUAUUUGUGUUCAGUG